AUGGAGUCCUACGUGGUGAGCUGUAAAUAUGCUGAGCCGCAGUUCCCUCCUUGUGAAGAAGAUUACAGUAAUUUCAGUGACCAGGGGGGGUAUUACAACAACCCCGAGGACAGUGGUAGUUAUGGAGGGGGCUAUCAGCCCCUGCAGCCCCCUCCGCCUGCAUACACACCACAACAAACCGGCUACCACUCCUCGCAGGGCCACCGCCGGGAGGAUGGAGGAGAGGACCGGCCGCACCAAGCGGCGCCCUUCCGCGGCUACAGAGAGACGGAGGCCGCCGGGAAGGAGUCGAGGUUCCCCGCGGCUGACCUGCACGGCCCGGCCUGGAUGACCUGCGCGAAGCCCGCUCAGGUGCAGAGGAAAGCGGGCUGCCAGGGCAAGGACAAGCCGCCCAUUGUUGUCUACCCGUGGAUGAAGAAAGUGCACAUCGCUCACGUGAAUCCGAACCACGUGGGCCCGGAACCAAAGCGGCUGCGGACGGCCUACACGCGCCCGCAGGUUCUGGAGCUGGAGAAGGAGUUCCACUUCAGCCGCUACCUCACGCGCCGCCGCCGCGUCGAGGUCGCCCACGCGCUCUGCCUGUCCGAGCGGCAGGUGAAGGUGUGGUUCCAGAACCGGCGCAUGCGCUGGAAGAAGGACAACAAGCUGCCGAACACCAAAGGAAGGAGCAAAAACAAAAAGGCAAACAACGGCAGCGGCAACAGCGGCAGCGGCAGCGGCAACAACAGCAGCGGCAGCGGCAGCGACAGCGGCGCGGCGGCGGCGACAAGCGUCUGA